UUUUUUUUUUUUUCUCGAACUGACCAUUUGAACAAUGUCAGAUUCAGUAGUCAAGGAAUCAACUACCACUCCACGACUUAUACUUCGAUCUUAUAGACCAAGUGAUCAUGAACAAGUGGACUUUAUAUUUUACAGUACCUACUUUGCACUUGUUCCAGAAGGUGUGAAACAAAAACUACGAUCACCAUUAUUUUGGAUAUGCUGGAUCACUGUGUACGGAUACCUACUUGCCAUUAUUCCUAUCUUAUUAUCUGGUAUGUCUGUGCCUAGCUGGACGGGUCGUGUAUUACAGGUGUUUAUGACCAUUGCCUGGGGUUUGGUCUCGUUUGCUGGUAUGUUUGUCAUGACUGACCGUUUGGACGUUAUCGACCGGAUUGAACAAGUACGACAAAACGAUCUCCGUGAUCCCGAAGUUUAUUAUAUGAAUGUGGUCAAGGAAGAAAAGAUUGUUAUUGAAGAAGAAGAGGAUACAAGUAAGGAUCAACAGAAAAAGAAACGUGUUACCUUUGAUAAAGAUACCAAACCUGCAACGGAAAUAGUACGUACUCCCAAACCCAAGGAUCAACAAACAAAAUCACACUUUUGGGUUCUUCAAAUGGAUAAUCAAAUAUGUGGCAUGGUGGGAUUGGCUCAAUAUAAGGAUAUUCAGUAUGACCAACGUCCUCCUUUACCUCCUGGCUGGAUCAAGAUCGGGCAACUUUUAUGUGAACGCUAUGGUGUGACACCUCCUUCGUUUUUACAAUUCAAUCCACCCACCAACAUCUUUGCUCAACCUCAUGCACCUCACACUGCUACAUUACAACGUUUGGCUGUCAAGCAGGAAUUUCAAGGUUGUGGAUUGGCUUCGAUUCUCGUCAACCGUGUCAUGUCAUGGGCGCAUCAACAAGGCAUCACUCAGGUCUUUGCUGUCACCAAUGAAAUGCAAUCAGUGGCUGCCGACAUUUUACGCAAGCAUCAUCAAUUUACAAAGGUAAAAUCCGAAAGGAAAGGAUGGUUAGGUCAAACCGAAACUACCUGGGUCUGUCAUGUGGAACAAUGGUAUGAUCAACAUGCUGCUCAAGCCGAUACUUUUGCCAAGGAUACAACUCCCACUACAUCUUCUUCUGAAGCAUCCGGAUGAAUAUCUGUAGUGACUUGUUAGUUUAGUUUUAUUGGUUUUUUUGUAGAUAUAGUUUUAUGUGGGAAUAGUCAAUUGUCUUGAUGAUACUCUUUUUUUUUAUAUAUACAUAUUGAAUAAAACAUAGAUCUUUUUUUUU